AUGUAUUCCAGCCUUUUACAAUCUGCUAAUAAAUAUGAUAUUGGAACUAUUACUGAACAUUGUGAUCCAGAGCAUUUACCAGAAACAACAUUAGAUAAACCACGAUAUGCUCUAUUAGCUCGUCUUACACGAAAUAUUCAAUUAAUGUUAUUAACACGUUUACGUUCAGCAUUAAAAAAACAAUACGGAAAACAACAAACAACAGCUAAUGAUGAUUUACAAUUUGAAUUUAUUUUCUGUGUUGAUAAUAGUGGAAGUAUGAGUGGUAAGAAAAUACGUGAAGCAUUAAAUACAUUAGUUAUUCUUCUUGAAACAUUUCAUCGUCUUGAAUGGAAAUUUGGUGUUGUUCGAUUUGGUGCUGAACAAAAAAUACUUAAACCACUCGGACAUGAAUCAAUGCAUAGCAUGGUAUCGACAACUGACUCAACAACAAACACUACUCAAAGUCUUCAACAAUCAGUACUAGCACCAUUGAAACAAAUUGCUACAAAUAAAGAUUUAUAUGGAAGUCAAAUUAAACCAAAUGUCAAACGAUUUAUUAUUAUGAUUACUGAUGGUAUUUCAUCUCAAGAUGAAACUGAAUUAUACACGAAUCAAUUACAUCUUGCAAAAGCCGAACUUUAUAUGGUUUGUAUUAUUCCAGAAUUAACAAAACAUGAUGAUACAAAAUUUUCAAAAGAAUACAGACAAUUUGCUAUUGAACAUGGGAUAAAAGCUAAAGAAUUCAUACAACGUAUAGCACCAGAUCGAAAUCGACUUAUUGAAACUGGACAACUGGAUACUUUAACGAAAACAGUUGUCGAUGAUCUUUUUGAUAUGAUCGAACAAUCGAUUGUUCUUCAUGGUAAUCGAUCAACUGAUACUCCAAAAGCACCCGAUGUAUCAACCACAAAUAAUGCAACUAAAUUUCAUCCAUUGAAUCCAUUUAUUCUAUCUCAUGUAAAAGAUGUUGAGUUAUGGAGACAUCCUGAGAUUUCUUAUACCGGUCAAUUUUAUGUAAAUGAUUUUCGACAAAAACUCGAACAACAAACAUUUCAACAACAAAUAAAUACCGAUUUUACAUCUGCUUCAGAUGAAUUUAUUAAAAAUUUCGAUGAAACACUAGAUGCACUCGAAAAAAGUUAUUCGAAUUUAGAAACACAUGAUGCUAUACUUACACAAACAGAUAAAACUCUUCAACAAAUCGAACAAGAACUUGAAAUAUAUAUUGGUGAAUUAGUACGUACCAUGGAAGAUUAUGUUCUUCCAGCAUAUAAACCAACACAAUCAUUACCAGAUACACGAGGAAGUCGAUUAUAUAUACCAGGUAUUGUUAAAUUUAUUUGUACACAAGGACAAUAUAAUCGAAUUUAUCUUAAUCAAAUCGGUUCACAAAAACCCGAAUAUCGUAUUGCAUUACUUCUUGAUCAAUCUGUUUCAAUGACUGGUCCUACGUAUUUUUCAUCUGUAGAUAUUUUAAUUUCCAUGUGUGCAGCAUUGAAUAAAAUUGGUAUUGAAGAUUUCAAUGUUUUAACAUUUGGAAAACAAAUACAAUUAAUUAAAAGUUAUAAACAAAAAUACGAUCGUUUAUUUGUACAUCACCUUUUAAAUUCAUUAAAAAUUGAUGGUGAAACAACUUUAUUAAGUGAUGCUAUAUUUGCAGCUACUGAAUUAUUACAACAACAAUCAUCAUAUAAUAAUAAUCAUGGACCAAUGUUUAUUUUUGCUCUCACCGAUGGUUAUGAUAAACGUGGUAGUUUUAUACAAAAUGUUAUUGCUUAUGCUGAACAACGUUCAAUAACUGUUAUUGGAAUUGGUGUUGGUUUCGAAUCGAAUGGUGUUUCUUUAGCAUUCAAUGAUUGGAUUAUUGCACAAAAUCCACGUUUACUUUGUGACGCACUUAUUAAUUGGUCGAAUGAACAAAGUGAUGGAAAAACACCUUAUGAUUCCUUUCAUGCAGAUAAAACAUCAACAAUUCGAGGAGAAGAUGGUAAAAUGUAUUCAACAACAGAUGACGUAUGGACUGACGAAAUGAAAACACAUUUUGAUGCGAUUACACAAAAUGCAAAACGUAGUAUUGAUGUGACAUUUUCAAAUAGUGUUCAUAGUUCACCAUUGACAGUUGAAAUUUGUUUUGUUUUGGAUUGUACAGGUUCAAUGGGAAGAUGGAUUAGAGCAUGUAAACAACAUAUUAAAGCUAUUGCAGAUGGAAUACAAAAAGAAAUGAAAGAAAAAUAUGAUAAAGAUGGUGUUUUACGCAUGGCAUUUGUUGCUUAUCGUGAUUACACAGAUUCAGAUCGUUUUGAUUUAAUUGAUUUCCACCAGACACCUAAUCUUGCACCAGUUGAAGCUAAAAUUGCUAGUCAAAGAGCAAGUGGUGGUGCCGAUCUAUGUGAAGAUGUUCAAGGUGGAUUAGAUAAAGUAUUAAAAUUGAAUUGGACAAAGGAUAAUAGUUCACGUGCAGCACAGAUUUUAGUAUGGGUCGGUGAUUGUCCUGGGCAUACACCGUUUUGUCAUAACGGAGGUUCCGGUUGGGAUAGNAAUUUUACUUUUCCUUAA